AUGAGAAAUUUGUGGUUUAUAUAGGAUCCUAUUCACUGUAUCUUUAAAUGCUCCUCCUUCACUUCUAACCAAUAUCGUAAUUUCUGCAGAUCAGUAACAAUGUCAGAUGAGGUGGUUCUGUUGGAUUUUUAUGCUAGCAUGUUUGGCAUGAGGAUCAGAAUUGCACUAGCAGAGAAGGGCAUCAAAUAUGAAUACAAAGAAGAAGAGGGCUUGCUUGGAAACAAGAGUGAGCUGCUUCUCAAGAUGAACCCGGUUCACAAGAAAAUCCCGGUCCUGAUCCACAACGGAAAGCCGGUCUGUGAGUCCCUCAUAGCAGUCCAGUACAUUGAUGAGGUCUGGAAAGACCAAGCUCCUCCUCUGUUACCGUCUGAUCCUUACCAGAGAGCUCAAGCGAGGUUCUGGGCUGAUUAUAUUGACAAGAAAAUUUAUGAUGCUGGGAGGAAGACAUGGGCCACAAAAGGAGAAGAAUUGGAAGCAGGCAAGAAGGAGUUUAUAGAAUGCCUCAAGGUGCUGGAAGGAGUGCUUGGAGACAAGCCAUACUUUGGUGGUGAGAGCUUUGGGUUCCUCGAUAUUGCUCUUGUCACUUACUAUUGCUGGUUUCAUGCCUAUGAGACCUGCGGCAACUUCAGUGUAGAGGCAGAGUGUCCUAAGCUGGUGGCAUGGGCUGAGAGUUGCAUGAAGAAGGAGAGUGUGUCCAGUUCCCUUUGUGACCCCAACAAGGUUUAUGACUUCGUCUUGGAACUGAAAAAGAGGUAUGGGGUGAAUUAGGAGGAUUGCUUCACCUCAAGAUGCAAAUCAGAUACUGCUGUAUGUGUUCUUGUUUAUGGAGUCUUUUUGUGUUCUUAGGAUGGUGCACUAUUUGGUUAAAAUAAAGGGGACACUUAGCUGUGUCCUUGGGAUAAUUCCUGUUAAAGAAUUUGGAGAAGUCACAGAUCUUUAUGCAGUUCUUGUAAUUUUCAUUUUUCUUCAGAAAAAGUGUUAGCUGUUGUAAAAGGGAAAUAAAUAAACUUUGGUGUGCUUGCUUGGUUUCA